CUUAGGGCUUCGGAUUUGGGUCAGGAAUGCUGGAGGCCUGGGUGGAGCUGGGAGCCUGCCGUGGAGAGCAGCUGCGGAGAAAGCUGGCCCUGGAGCUCUUCCAACUAUGACAGGAAUGUCAGCCUGUGCCUCUUUGGGCCUGGACAGGCGAAAUCGCCAUUUUUAGCAGUCUUGCUGUCCCAGCCCGGCCUCUGCCAAGCCGAUGGGCUGGGGGGCUCUGGGAUUUGCCUGGUGGGUGCUGCACUUUGUGGGGCAGAAUCCCCCUCCCCGAACCCUUCAGAAGGGUCCUGGGGAAGGGCUGCUUGUGGAGCAGAUGUGGCGGGCCCUGCCUGCCCACCCGCCAGCCGACCUGCUGGUCUGCCCCUUCAGCGGCUGCGUCCCUGUGCUGAGGCCGGAAGGGCUGGCUUUGGGCUCCUCACAGGAGUCAGCCAUCCCAGGAGCCUGUCCGCGCCGGCCAGGACCCCGGAUCCUUCCCUCCUCGGCUGGGGCAGGACUGCAGAGAGGAAGUCAAGUCUCGGGGAGACCCCUCGAACGAACACAGCGGCUGUCCACCCUACCUAGCGGCAGCCCCAGUGAAGAGCUUGUUCUUCUUGAAGCAACCCUGAGGUCUGCGUUUCUCCACACGUCUUGCCCAGCGGGUGGGGUGGCCGCCGCGUGGGGACGGAUGACGGCCAGGCCGAGGGGCUGCGCGCCGGGUGUCCCCUGUCGCUGGGGGUUGAUGAGAAGAGAAGCGGCGUGUGUCCAGCAGGAACCGGGCCAGCGGUGCGUGAGUGCUGGAACCGGUCCCAUGGCUGUCCCGCUCCAGGCUGCAGGACACGGGCUCAGGGGCCGGAUACCGCCGUGUGGCCAUUGUGGCGCCGCGAUGAUGCCUUCCUCUCCUUGUCUUCGAACGGCGCGUCUCCCGCUACGUUUCUGCCCAGGCGACACGCGGACGCACCGCACUGACGCUGCCGCAGAGAGACCCCAGGAACCCGUAGGGCUGCACGGAGAAUCCAGGUUCGCAUUCCUGACCGGCCUGGAGCGGCCUGAUCCCGCGAGGGCACAGCGGGUCAGACGCAGACGGGCCCGGGCGGAGGAGGCCUCGCCGGCUCUCCUGGAGCUGACGUCACCCGACAGAAUCGGCGUCUGCCUCUCUCAGCUCUUUGAAGUGGGCAAGUUCUGACAAGCGGAGCGUCUCAGAAAUACGCUGUGGACCGCAUUCACGUCCCCGCAGCCGGGCUCGGUCAUGUGGAGCUAGCUGGAGCCCCCGGGCCCUCCUUGCGCCCGCCAGGCUGCUGUGGUCAGCCUGACGGUUUCGGCACCGGCGAUGCUGCCAUGGUUCCAGGAUGGUCAGACGCGGCCGGACUGUCACGCAAGGCUUGGGGGGUGCUGGCCUGGAUGCACGGGGCCCUUCUCCCCGGCUCCUGGGGUGAGCGGUGCCGGACAUGUUGGGUCUGUGGCGCGGGACGGUGCUGCUCUCCCGUUGAACAGGCCGAGUGACAGAGUGGCUUUGCUGGGAGGGCAGAGAGCCUGGAUCUCCACACCCCAUGGCCUGAGCACAGGUGUCCAUCUACCUGGGGGGGUGCGGUUUGAGGGUAGGGGUAGGGCAGCCAGAGGGUGCUCUCCAGGGAGCCUGAGGGGCUCCCGGUGCCUUUCAUCGGGGGCCUGUCUCUCUUUUGUUCUUAGUAAUCACGAUCCUGCAUCAAAACCAGCUGUUUCCUUGCCUCUCCAUUUAGUCUGGAAGAUUUUGGAGGCCAGGACUGUUUCACUGACCACUUUGUCUGCAGCACUCAGGUGGGGGCUGGGGA